AUGCUGCCACGGCAGGUGCUGCUGCUGCUGCUACUGCCACUGCCGCCCGCGGUUGCUGCUACUGCCGCUGCUGCUGCUCCCUUCCAAACACAACCUGGAAGCCGCCCAAGCUUCAACCCCACCAGCUUGGCACCCGCCUCCCCCGUACGGCGCACGCCGGAUCGGUGCCUGCAUAUCCAUCGGCGGCGUACUGGCUGUUACACCUCGAUCCCUCAUCAAAGCCCCCAUGCGUCACAGCAAGUGAUGGGCGUCCACAAGCAAACCCCCAAGGUCGCUCAAGGCUCCCCUUCGCCGCGCCGUAACCCCUCCCGCCGUUUACGGCACUCGACACCACCCACAGAGGCCUCGCGUGCGACUCGCAGCAAGCUCACGGCGCAACAUCUCCUGCGAGGCGAUCGAGAUGGUCGAGGGGAAGCACAGGCGAUCAGCACGCCCCAAGCUGGCGACGAUGUGCCAAGGCCUCAAGAAGAGUCCGUGACGGCUGCGGUCACAGCCCACGGUACCCCAGAAACAAGCUGGCAGCGCCGCUCUUCGCUCAUCGGCCAUGAUGCCCGCAGCGAGCACCUCAAGCAACAGAAGCCACUGGCGUCCAAAACGAAAUCGGAAGCGUCCACCAGUCCAGCAUGGGACAGUCCUCUCAUGACGUACUAUAAUUGGGUUGCCGUCAUGAGCUAUGCUGCCGCGUCCGACUCACCUGACGGCAUUGACGUCAACUGGCUCCUCCACACUGCGCGUAGCUGCACUCUGCUUGCCGAGCCUGCCCUGGAUGUCCUCUAUCGUUGCCCGCCCUUGACCAAUGACCACAAGGCGAGAAGCCUCGUUGCUCUGCUGGCGAGACCCCCCUCGCGCACUUUCUACAACUAUCGUGCCAAGAUCCGCGCCCUGCGCAUCGACACGGCCUUCGUCACCAUCAAGCUCAUACUUCAAGUUCGCUUUGCCAAUUUCCAGGUGCCUUCCUGGAACAUGCGCGUGACGAAGCAGGACGAGUCUGAUGACGCUAUUGCCGCCCGCGAAGCAAGGACCAAAAGUUCUCCAGUCCUGGGCACCGCUUGCCCCGACCUCCGCGAACUGCGUAUGAAUUUACAGUAUUUCAGGCACUAUGAUGCUUUCGAUGAUUCUAACCCCUUAUACGAGACGCUGCUAUAUCCCGACCAGAUUCCCACAUGGCCCGCUGCCCUACAGCGUAUCGAGCUGGACAACCUUCGACAGUGGACUGUCGAGGCAGCCACAAACUUCUUCCAGUCUCUGAUUGACAGUGCUGCGCAGCUGCCCAUGUUACGCUAUCUCGUUGUCCGCUGCAUGCUGAACAUUCCGUGGAAGUCGCGCAGCGAGUUCCGUCAUGUGUGGGAGCCCAAGCUGAAUACGAUUUUCCUGCGCCCCAAGUUGUCGCCCCCGCCAGUCAGCAGCAAAGACACCAACAUGCGCAGCAAAUCGACACCGCCAAAGAAGCCCCGCAAAGGGAAAAAAGCAAGCACGGAUAGGCCUGCGCGACAGAGCAGGCGCAUAGCCUCGAAGACGUCGGGUCAAUCAUCGCGUGCGAGCAGCGCGUCCAAGCCCUUGCGGUCGAUCAAACGAAAGCAGUACGAAGAGCCUGACAGCGAUGAGUUUGAUCACGAGGACGACUUGGACGUGGACAUGGAUUCGUCCGAGACAGAAGCGAGCGAGGCUGGGAGCAACGAAGGCAACUCUCCUGCUGGCGCGUCGGACGGCAUCUUCGUGCAGGGUCUCUGUACUGUUGUCGAGAUAAAGUUGGACAAUCAGAAGCCGCGCGAGCAACAGUUUGUCAUGGAGGACUUUGUCGACUCGGAGCGCGGCGACACGGAUCCCGAGUGGGAUAGCCAGGAUGAUGACUUUGAGUAG